AUGGUGCAACGAGCCACUCAAGGACAGGAGGAGUUGACGACAGACACAGUAAGACAGUUGCAAGAAGCAGCAGGCGCCUACGAACAGAACGUAUGGAGCAGACAGGGAGCAAGGCAAGACCAUCAUGGGAUUUGGAGAUCUCACACAGGAAAAACAGUGGGACCUGCAAAACUCCUCAGAUCAAUCUUAAGGGAAGAGCAUGAGAAGGCUCAUGGAGGAUGGAAAAGUGUCGCAAAAUCAGUUGAGAAAGCAUGGUGGCAUCCACACAUGUUGGACAUGGCAAGAGAGACAUCAGAGAGCUGUGAAGUGUGCAAACAAUACAACAACAAAGUGUCACUUGGAGCAGUGAUAGGCAGCUUCCCAAUACCUGACGCGCCAUUUCAAGACAUUUGCAUAGAUUUCACGGACAUGGGACAGGACAACAGAGUGGAAGGAAAAAGAUACCUGUUGGUAAUGGUUGACAGAUUCACCAGAUGGGUGGAAGCCAUCCCCACAGCAAGAGAAGACGCAAAGGCUGUGAUUAAAUGGCUGAGGAGGGACCUCAUUCCAAGGUUCGGGGUCCCGCGAAUGGUCCGUUCCGACAACGGUACCCAUUUCAAGAACAAACACCUGAGGGAGGUAGAGCAGGCCCUAGGAAUCACCCACAAGUUCGGGUCAGUAUACCACCCCCAAUCGCAGGGACUCGUAGAGAGAGCUAACCAAUCGCUGAAACGAAAAAUGGCCAAAAUCAUGGCCGGAACUAAACUGAAGUGGGUAGAUGCGCUGCCCCUAGCUCUAAUGUCAAUGAGAAACUCACCUGGGUCUGACACCCAUUUAAUGCCCCAUGAGCUUAUGACAGGACGCAGAAUGCCAGGGCCACCAGCAGACAAUCUUAGUAUGCCUAGGCUAGAUAUUGCAAAAAUCAGAUACACAGACUACAUGCAGGCGCUAAUUUCUCUUGUUGAAAGAUUGUCUAAACAGGUGGUGGAAGUGCGCACUCCUGCUGUUGAAACCACGGACGAGAACAGAGACAUCCUGGUGGGAGAUUGGGUGAGAGUGAAGGUGCAUUCCAGAAAGUGGACGGAGCCAAGGUGGGAAGGGCCCUUCCGGGUAAAAGAGGUAUCAAGCCACUCGUUGCGGGUGAACACGAGCAAGAAAGACGUGUGGUACCACAGGACACACUGUGCCAAGGACAUAGUUCCAGGAAGGACUCUAGAUCAGGUACAACAGGACUUGGCAACAGAAGGGGAGUGAUGAUGAUGUUGUGGUUAGGAGUGGGGCUGGCCUUAUGGGGAACAGUAUUCUCAGCUCCCAAUCAGUACCAUAACAUAGUCAUUACCUUACAGGAAGGGGAAUCUCAAGUGAUGUCCCUAGAACCAUGUAAGAUCUGGUCAUGGAGGAAUAGGGCUAGUGGAAUUGGGGACACUGGUUGCAAUUGGAACCAGAAGGAAAACUGUAACAAAAUGUAUCCCCAUGUGUUAAAGAGAGGUACUUACAGUGGGGAAAAAAGUAUUUAGUCAGCCACCAAUUGUGCAAGUUCUCCCACUUAAAAAGAUGAGAGAGGCCUGUAAUUUUCAUCAUAGGUACACGUCAACUAUGACAGACAAAAUGAGAUUUCUUUUCUCCAGAAAAUCACAUUGUAGGAUUUUUAAUGAAUUUAUUUGCAAAUUAUGGUGGAAAAUAAGUAUUUGGUCAAUAACAAAAGUUUCUCAAUACUUUGUUAUAUACCCUUUGUUGGCAAUGACACAGGUCAAACGUUUUCUGUAAGUCUUCACAAGGUUUUCACACACUGUUGCUGGUAUUUUGGCCCAUUCCUCCAUGCAGAUCUCCUCUAGAGCAGUGAUGUUUUGGGGCUGUCGCUGGGCAACACGGACUUUCAACUCCCUCCAAAGAUUUUCUAUGGGGUUGAGAUCUGGAGACUGGCUAGGCCACUCCAGGACCUUGAAAUGCUUUUUACGAAGCCGCUCCUGCGUUGCCCGGGCGGUGUGUUUGGGAUCAUUGUCAUGCUGAAAGACCCAGCCACGUUUCAUCUUCAAUGCCCUUGCUGAUGGAAGGAGGUUUUCGCUCAAAAUCUCACGAUACAUGGCCCCAUUCAUUCUUUCCUUUACACGGAUCAGUCGUCCUGGUCCCUUUGCAGAAAAACAGCCCCAAAGCAUGAUGUUUCCACCCACAUGCUUCACAUUAGGUAUGGUGUUCUUUGGAUGCAACUCAGCAUUCUUUGUCCUCCAAACACGACGAGUUGAGUUUUUACCAAAAAGUUCUAUUUUGGUUUCAUCUGACCAUAUGACAUUCUCCCAAUCCUCUUCUGGAUCAUCCAAAUGCACUCUAGCAAACUUCAGACGGGCCUGGACAUGUACUGGCUUAAGCAGGGGGACACGUCUUGCACUGCAGGAUUUGAGUCCCUGGCGGCGUAGUGUGUUACUGAUGGUAGGCUUUGUUACUUUGGUCCCAGCUCUCUGCAGGUCAUUCACUAGGUCCCCCCGUGUGGUUCUGGGAUUUUUGCUCACCGUUCUUGUGAUAAUUUUGACCCCAUGGGGUGAGAUCUUGCGUGGAGCCCCAGAUCGAGGGAGAUUAUCAGUGGUCUUGUAUGUCUUCCAUUUCCUAAUAAUUGCUCCCACAGUUGAUUUCUUCAAACCAAGCUGCUUACCUAUUGCAGAUUCAGUCUUCCCAGCCUGGUGCAGGUUUACAAUUUUGUUUCUGGUGUCCUUUGACAGCUCUUUGGUCUUGGCCAUAGUGGAGUUUGGAGUGUGACUGUUUGAGGUUGUGGACAGGUGUCUUUUAUACUGAUAACAAGUUCAAACAGGUGCCAUUAAUACAGGUAACGAGUGGGGGACAGAGGAGCCUCUUAAAGAAGAAGUUACAGGUCUGUGAGAGCCAGAAAUCUUGCUUGUUUGUAGGUGACCAAAUACUUAUUUUCCACCAUAAUAUGCAAAUAAAUUCAUUAAAAAUACUACAAUGUGAUUUUCUGGAUUUUUUUUUCCUCAAUUUGUCUGUCAUAGUUGACGUGUACCUAUGAUGAAAAUUACAGGCCUCUCUCAUCUUUUUAAGUGGGAGAACUUGCACAAUUGGUGGCUGACUAAAUACUUUUUUUCCCCACUGUAUCUGUGUGAGGGAAAGUGGUGUCCAUAUUGGGACUAUAUGAUCACAAAUGUUGGCACCUUCUGGGAAUGGCAUAGAGGCUAUCCGUAUGCAUUAGGAGAUGCUUCUAAAGCAGCUAGGUUUUCAAUGAUAAGGGGUGUACAGGGGUCAAAAGGGGGUGCAUGUAAAGGUGAUGAAAUCCUACUAACCAUCCAAGACAUUAAACUUACAGACGCAGGUGUGUACACCUUAGCAGCAGUACGAUCCGGACCAGACACCAUGGGUAUGUUCACCAUCGCAGUCACACCCAAACCUGCAGCUGGGGAGAGACAGACCCAGUUGGACCACACCCCCGCUCAAGGACCAGCUCAACUUCAACCCACUAAGGUACCAAACCCUGUUC